ACAGCCCGCAUGCCAGACUCGCAAAUCGGUAGGGACCACAAAAAUGGAGUCGCCUUUCACGUGAAUGUUGCCGCCGUCCGUGGAUGUUGGUGGGAUGUGCCACGUUCCGCGCUUACCUAGGUAGUUCUGGACGCGGGCAGUGAUCGUCACCAGAUGUCUCGCCACAACGCUCGAUUUUACUCCUGAAAGGGCCCAAACCUCGAGAGGAGAGCUAAUCCUCUGUAUUCCAUUCCGAGAUCUGACCCGGUGGGACUCCGAAUCUGAGGAUUACUCUACAACGAAAUAAAGGCAUCAUUUGCAAAUGGCGACCUCAAGCACAAGCGGUGGCAAUCGCGCCACAGAAGAUCAGACAAGCCCGACGCGAGUCUCCCGACAUUCUAUUGAAACCGAACGACGACAUCUCCUCUCGGAUGACCACAGCAUUGCGCCAUCGGAAUCAUUAUCUCAAGUCGACGCUUCCCUCUAUGGCGACGGCGAACGUACGCCUUGUGCCAGAUCGCCUACGGCAUCAGACCCUCAAAACUCGCGGCGCGGUACUAUCGCUGAUCCAGCCACAGUGCCGACGAUAUCUUAUCGCGGCUAUCCCUCCGAAGCGCACUACCUCGCGGCGUUACGUGCGUGGGCGGACUCGAAACGCUACGUCGAGAACGACUCGGCUCUGGUGGGGUUCUACGGCCAAACGACCAUGGCGGAGUAUUGUGGGCGGCCGCGGGUGGAGUUUGGAUUUAAGAAGAUGAUGCGAGAGAGGAAGAAGAAAAGAGACGCCGCCAGGGAAACCAGGCGGACCACUUUGGUUCGAGUAGAACAUUGCUGAAAUUUCCAUGAUCGACGACAGUAGCUUAAAUUUGUAUCCAACAUUUGCGUAUCCAACAGGACGAAUUACUUGACCACUUCAAGGCUUCAACGAUGUACUAUGGCUGUUCUGCAAUGGGCGGCUUGGUUGAGACCACAAACGAAUGGAGUUUCGCCAACAUUGAGAU